AUGACAACUCAAGGGUCCCAGACGCGCCACACCAAGAAGAAACCCCCCACCAUGCUCCCAGUUGCAGGACCCAGCAUCGAUGCUCUGGGCUUUUUGGCCCUGGAGAACAACAUCCCAGGCCUGUCCAAGGUCAUCCUCAAAAAGUUGAACAUGAAGAACUAUGAGGAGUACAAAUCGGCAAUGGACGGGAACCCUCAGGGAAUAGACUUUGGGAUCCGCACGUACUUUGACAUGUUUCGGAAAAUGGAGGACACCUUCAGAUUCUGUGCGGAAUGUAAAAUGCUUCCUGAUGGUCUGCCUCCCUCCAAGAGCCUCCGUCGGUGUAAGAGGUGCCAGAAUGUGUAUUACUGUGGCCCUGAAUGUCAGCGAGCUAACUGGCCCGUCCACAAGAGAUUUUGCAAGAAACUGCGUCUGGUGGCCCUGGACCGCCUGGUGGAAUGGCUAGUGUUCACAGGUGACAUCCCCUUCCCCUCGGAGCCAUGGACACGCAGGAUACAGGAGGUUCGAGGCUGGGAAGAGUGGUUCUCCAUGCAGGGCCAGCUGGAGGAGAAGCUGGGUGCCAUCCUGAACGGGCAUUACAUGACUCUCCUCUGGACCAAUGCGGGGAAGCCACGACCGGAGCCGGGCGCCCUUGUGGAGUCGGUGAAGCGACUGGUGACCGAUUUCCAAUCCCGGCCUCUCACCGUGGGCCUGGGCCUCCAGGCUCUCGGGGCGAACUUGACGGUCAGGCCGGCCACGGUGCAUGUGGUGGGAGCCUCCCACGUGGAGACGUUCAACCUCCGUGACAGUGAUUACGAUGAGCUGGGGCACAUGUUCCCUGGGCACCAGGGCAUUGAGUUGGUCAUGGUGGGAGUAGAUGUGGCUAAUGGACCUGUCCUGAGACCUCCACUAACCACACCUGUGGCCCAGGGGAAAGUCCGACUCUGCGGCUACAAGGGCCUCUAUCACAUCUUUUGGGAACAUCUGGUGGAGACUGGGCAGGCGUCGAGACCGGAUCUGGUAAUCGGCUUCCACCCAGGUUUCCACACUUGCCAGGACUUGUUUCAGGGUUGGUUGCCUACCCUCCUGCUGCUCCGAGAUUACAAGAUUCCGUCCCUCUUCACUAUGUAUAGUGAGCAAGAGCUGAAGUACUCUCUGCAGAUCCUGAUGGAGCUGGAGACCCAGAUCAUCAGAUACGGAGCAAACCCUUUUGCUUCCCUCAAACCAGAGCAAGUCUAUUCAAACCCCAACAAGGAACCCGUCUACUGCAGUGCCUAUUACGUCAUGUUUCACGGGGGCACUCGUCAGCGAGAUGAGCUGGAGGUGGUGGAGGGGGAAGAGAGAAAGGAUGGUGUGGUUUAA